AUGAAAGACACAGACUACAACUUCACCCAUUUUACCAACCCUAACCAGGGCCUUUACACGGAAACAUGGCGUGAAGAAUCUCCCAUCCCCUACGAUGAUAUCGACACCACCGCUUUAUUCGAAGCUACUGCCAAUUUAUUCCCCCAAUUCCUCCUUGAAGAUGAAGAAGAUGGUGCCAUCCCCAUCAAUUCUGCCAACUUUAGUGCCAAAUAUUACAAAAACAAACGUCUCCUUAAGGAUAAGGUGUGGCUGGAUACCGCCAUUUUUGAACGGUUCUUGAACCAAGACCAAGUGGCCGAUAACACCAUUCUUAAGCCCAUAGCUGCUAAACCUCCACCCCAGAAUUUCAACACGUCUUACGACACCACCCAGGGGGAUGACUUGACCAUCGCUCAGUUCCUCCUGAACGGCUAUGGGCCAGAGACAUUGGAUAUCUUGGGCAACGACUUGAACGACAGUUUGGCCGAUGUUAGCAGUGAGUAUUUUAGUAGUAGAAGGCAGGGGAGUUAUGGAAGUCAUACGCCGAGAGUCGGUAGGAGACAGCCAUCAUUCCAUACGCCGAUUUAG